CUCUGCGCUCUGCUUUGGCCGUCAGUCCGCUCACGACCGCCGCUCGCCUGCGACGAACUCCAACCCACAGGCAGGUCACUGUGUCACCUCUCGGCAACAAGAAUGGCAUCCCUUGACGAGCGCUUCAACCAGGCAGCCGAGGAUGUAAGGAAGCUGACAAAGAUGCCCUCGGACCAGGAGCUGCUUGAACUGUACGCGCUCUUCAAACAGGCAACCGUCGGCGACAACAACACAGAGAAACCGGGCAUGCUGGACCUGAAAGGCAAGGCCAAGUGGGAGGCAUGGUCUGGCAAGAAGGGCAUGUCUCAGGACGAGGCCAAGGAGAAGUACAUUACAUUCGUCAGGGACACGCUCGAGCCCAAGUACAAGUGAUCCAAUGUUUUUGUUAUAACCAAAUAAAAUAAACAUUUAUUAUCGUU